AUGGGGAAUCGAAAGAGAUCCCGAGACGUGUCCGAUUUAGAGGUAGAUGAUGAGCCUCUUGCUCAGCGUCAGAGGUUGUUCAGGAGACAGAAUGAGGGCGCUCCUCAAUUUCAACGGGGAGAGGAAUUCGAAACACUACAAUUCGGACGAUUCCCGGCGAAUGCGAAUCUUUCGAAUGCUCCCCCAUCAUUUUUGCAAGAACCCCAAGACCUACUGAAGAAUUGGGACUUUAUGCCGGCGUUGACUCAACAAGGUAACAUACAACCCAACAAUCAGAAGCUGCAAUUUCAAACACAGGGGCUUCUGACAGACACGGGUGCUGCUACAUCAGGGGCAUUUGGCUCGACAGAUGAAUUUCUUCGUGCUACUGGACAGACCGUCGGACCACAAUACAAUUUCUCGUCCGCGGAACCACCUCUAACCGGUGCCUCAAGAUCGCAGCAUGAUUAUGUUGCAGGAAGGACAAAAUAUGCUGAUCAACACAGCACCGAAAGCCUCGUUCCCACUUCGGUACCAAGCCGGCAACAGGCUUCUAGACCAUCGAGUCGACAAGGUCCAUCAUUCGCAGGGAACCCUUACGCUACUAAUGAAUCUGGAUAUGUCCAUCAACCGACAGCUAGGGUCCAGGAAGUCAUGCAGCAAAGUAACCUGGGACAAGUCGGUAGUAUGGCACCAAUGCAGCCAGUGAUGGCCCAAGGACAGCAACGGAUCUCGGCCUCAAGAAGGCCAAUUCAACACCAGAUGCUACCUCCAUCACGAGGGCACCCUAGCGUCCAACGAGCACGAGUACAACGGUCGACUAUGGGAAACACACCUGCGACUUUACCAGAUACUCGCCCGUACGGUCAACCAAACAUGCAACAACCCGAUGCAAACAUCCAGGCCCAACAGCGCUCUAUUCACACGGCUAGUGACUUGCUACCAUCUGCAUAUAUGGCGACCUCUCAGUAUCAGCAGUUGCAUGCCCCUUCAUCGACUCAAGGCACUCGGGUUGCGAAUGGAGCCAAAUCCAGACCAUCGCAGGCAGCUCCUCCGUCAGGUCGCGCCUCUUCAACGCAGUCGAAUGGGCCAAUGUCAUUGGGUGCUCAAAGCACAAUUCCAAAGUUGGCGGACUGGGAGGACAUGUGCCCUCAAUAUUUCAACAACGCAAUAUAUCAAUUUGGGAAACAGAAUCAACCGAUGCCUGAUUUCAGUUUUAAUCUAAGAUCAUCAGCAGAAGAAGGCGGGCAGUAUGCUCUUGGGUCUGGCCAUGACUAUCGUGGGAGCCAAACCAAAGAUGCAGAGAGAGAAUUCAUCCGAGCUGGCCGUAACAGUGAAAACAUCUCGCAUGAUGUAGGCCAGGGACCUGAAGGACAAGAAGCAAGGAUAACGCAAUAUGCUCAAAGUGCACGUAGUAAUUCAGGUGCUGAUACUCUGUCUUCCAGCCACAACGUCAGACCCUCAACACAAGUACCAACAAAGGACGAUAGCAUUGAUGACUUGAGGCUCAAGAUUGCGCAUGAUAGCUCGGACAUAAAGGCUCGAAAGUUUUCUUACUGGAUGCGGUAUCAGCAUCAAGAUCUUCAAGAAGCUUUUGCAUACUGUGUUCGACGAGGGCACUCGAAUAGACCAGCGAAUCAUCGCGGUGUUCCAGAGCAAGGUACCGGCAGGGAUGUCAUCACAAUUGACGACGGGGAUGAGAAUACCUCCAUUGAUGACGCGAAUCUACAGAAUGCACUGAGGCCACAACAACAAACCAGGCCUCCAACUCCGCAUACCUCAGUUCCAGAACAGCAUGCAAUUGGAAGACGAGUUCCAGGAGGCCAAAAGCGGAGGCGAGAAGAUCAGGAUCAGACAGGGGACAUGACCAGCGAAGCCUUGGUCCAAUCUCGCAAGCGACAGCGAACGGGCGCACCACGAAACGUUGAAAACAUUCCAGAUGAUAUGCUGACUGCACAGAGGCAAGAAGCUGAUCGAGCUCAGGGUGUAUUGCGAAACAUCGUUAACUCGUCAAGGCGAGGUCCUGGUGAAGCUUCCCCAUCCGAGCCAUCGCCAAGAAGGAAUGCAAAGGAGCAGGCUUCAAUAGCGCAGGACCACUUCCAGAGCUCCGACAAGAUCAUCGGUGAUGAUGUAAGACCCGAUGGAGAAGAAGGCAAUGUUCCAGAUCCAACAGAAGAACGAGUCAAUGAGAACCAAGAAGGACCUGCAGUAGCACCUCCAAACAUUGAUGAGAUCAAUAGCGGCGCAGCAGAGCCCACUACCUCAGUCCCUGAGGUUGAUGCGCCAGACAAUUUGGUAGACAUCAACCAAGGGACAGUCGGCUUGGGCGACAUAGAUGCAGCGGCGAAAAUGCAGCAAGAACAGCCUGUGGAGCAAAGCACGGAUGGAAGCUUUGAUUCUGAGGACUUCCAUGCGUGGUUAGCCAACAAUGGCUUCAAUGGCUGGAUUGAAAACGGGUUUGGGGACCUUCCAGAUCAUGCACCGGCAGCAGUGGAUCCUCAAGUGACGAACAACGAUGAUGUUAACGAUGAAAUGCCACAGAACCCGUUUCCGGUGCCUGCCUCAACAGAUGAAGAGGUAUUGCAGGAUUGCCUGGCACCAGAAUCUCCAGCAUAUUCUCUCUCGGAAGCUGAGAUCAUGAACGAGAUCAGCAUUCAGCGCACGGUAGUCGAACGCUCUGGGAAGUGGUCUGAUGCAGUCGAGUACCUCAUCCAGAGAACAUCUGGAUAUGAACAAUUUCGACGCGUGCUUCGCGCCAUCAUGGACCGGACAAUGAGCCGUUCGCUCCACACAACAGUCCUGGAUAGCGAAAUUGACAUGCUCUACACAGAAUACAGCAUGAAAGACAUACCAGAUUAG